AGAAGAGUGUGGGGAAAAGCUCCAGGGCAAAGCCGGCAUUUGAUAGGAUCUCGGCGGGGAUCUCAGGUAAUCGUAGUUGGAAAUGCAAAUGUUGCAGUGAUUCAAAGGUUUUUCCUCUCAACCUAGUGACUACUUGAUCGAGAAGAUCAUUAGAUUCGAUCAAGAGAUGAAGCUGCAAGACAAAGUGGCGAUCGUGACGGGCGGAGCCAGCGGCAUCGGCGAGGCCAUCGCGAUCAAAUUCGCAGCACACGGCGCCUUCGUCAUCGUGGGCGACGUCCAGGACGAGCUCGGCCAGAAGGUCUGCGCCGCGAUCGGGCCGCGAGCCACAUUCGUCCACUGCGACGUGGCCGACGAGGCCGGCGUGGAGGCCCUGGUCAACACGGCGGUUGCCCGACACGGCCGCCUCGACAUCAUGAUGAACAAUGCCGGCGUCGGGGAGCCCGGCGGCCGCGACGUCCGGGAUCUCGACAUCCGCGCGUUUGACCGGGUCAUGUCGGUCAACGUGGCGGGCGUGGCGCUGGGCAUGAAGCACGCCGCGCGGCACAUGGUACCGCGCGGCUCCGGCGUCAUCAUCAACACGGCCAGCAACGUCACGGGCGCCGCCGGCAUCGCACCGCUGGCGUACACCGCCAGCAAGCACGCGGUGGUCGGGCUAACCCGGACAGCCGCCGUCCAGCUCGGGCGGUAUGGGAUCCGGGCAAAUGCCAUCUCCCCGGGCGCCAUUCCCACGCCCGCGUUUGUGCGCUACUUCCGCAAGGCUGUGCCCGGGAUGGACGAGAAUGGGGCCAGGGCUGUGGCAUCUAAGGCGACGACGCUCAGGUAUGGAGAGGAUUUGGAGAGUGCGCUGAGCGUGGAGGAUGUUGCCAAUGCGGCCGUGUUCUUGGCUAGCGAGGACUCGCGGUUCGUGAGCGGGCAUGAGCUGAUGCUGGAUGGAGCGAGCACCGUGACGGACAAGUCGUUUGAUGCGAUCGGGAUGAUGCUUGCCACUGCUUCAAGCUAGAAAAAGAAGAUGAUUUGGUACUAAACCAUCUAUCCCACGAUUUGGAUUUGAAGAGGUUGCAAUCAAACGCAGUGAUUCCAGAGCU